GUGACAUAUUGUACGAUAUGUUAUGAUCGAGCACACUGUGGUCUGGAUCAUCAGCCGCAACAUCUGCAGGUCUCCUCGGCAUUCUCAUCGCUGUCGCUUUCACGACGAACUCAAAUUCCACAAAAAAAGCUUCAACUGGCCUCCGUACUUUGCAUCGAAACAUCACACUACGUAGCAUUUGUGCGUGCCAUGAACGCUAAUAAAUGGCUAUUUUUUGAUUCAAUGGCCGAUCGAGUAGGCUUAUCGGAUGGCUUCAAUGUGCCACAGAAGUUUUUGACAGAUUUCAUAUUCGCUCAUAUGGAAUAUACGCAGAGGAGUUGA